CCUCACCCGCCCACUUGCCAACGCAGCAACUCUCGAUUGCCACCUUCGAUGUUGCUCGUUCGUCGCCCGUGAUUGCGGAAGCGGAAGCUCUGAUCUCGACUGGACGGAUAGCGAACUGUGUGAAUACCCCACUUCGUCUACCAUGUUGGGGUGGAUGUUGCGACGCGGCGAAGACGCGCCAGACGCGGCUGGAGAUGGAGACACCACCCAGAUCGACCAGCCCGACACUCCUGCACCCGUCUUUGCGGCAAGAGCCUUCAAAAGCGCCAUCUUUGGGACGCCCGCGCGACGCAAUGAGCAGCCCGAGACGAGACCGACAACAGACGAGAUAAACACGAAGACCGAACUUGAUUCAAAGACGCCCCAGCGGCCCCAGGGUAUCUUACUCACGCCGGGAACGGGAACGUCACGGAGGAAGCGCGUAUCUUUUGGGCAAGAUGUUGGAAAGAAGACAAACGGCGCCUUGGCUGGGAAAACCACCGAAGGACACCAGCGCACACGCCUGAACGAAGCUCUGGAAAAGGCUUCUCAACAGGGAGUCAAGUCAGCGGCUCAGAAGGCCGCGACGCGACGAACCCAGGAUGACAAGUCUGACGACGAAUGGGAGGAGGCCGACGACGAGGAUGUCUGCCAAGACAUCACCGUUGACCUCAAUGAACCGCACUCCCAGUCCGGAAAAUACUGGAAGGAGGAAUUCGAAAAAUACCACCAGGAUGCCAAGGCAGAGAUGGAGAAAUUGCUGAAGUAUAAGCAACUGGCAAAAUCCUAUGCCAAACAAAAGGAUGCUGAAGCCAUUGAGCUCGCCGAGAUGCUGAAGGACGAGCAGCAAAAGGUCAUCGCAAUGGAGAAGCAGAUUGCCGAGGGCGCUUCCAAGAUGGUAUCGAAGCGAGGUGACAGCUCCCGCGAAACCUCUCCUGAGCUGCUCUCCACCCUCACGAAGCAGACGGCAUUGGCUGUUCAGUACCGGACCCGUGUGCAGGAACUGGAAGACCAACUCGAAGAUUUCCUGCAGGACAGGGAAGCCGAUGCGGAUUCUGAGACCAAAGGCCGAAGGCGACGUCUGUUAACAUCACCCCGAACACAGAAAACGCUUCUCGAGACGCAACGGGAACUUCGCAGAGCUCGCAACCAAGUAAAGGAACUGGGUGAGCUUCGGGAUGAGGUUUCAAAUCUGAAAUCUCAGCUCCGGGUUGCCGAGAAACGAGCCGCCAAGGUGGAGACGCACGGCAAGACGGAUGAUGAUGCUCCUCCCGAAGGCAGCAGAGCGCAGGAACUACGAACCCAACUUCGUGAAGCAAAGGAAGACUCCAAGAAGAAGGAUGAGGAGCUCCGAAAGCUUAAGAAGGAGUUUGAGACGUUUCGACAGGACACAAAGACUCGCGAGGAGGAUACCAAGGGAGUGCUGGCACGCGCCCAUAACAAGAUUUCGGAUCUUAAGAAGGAGAUCAGAACCCUCAAAGUCUCUGGCGCGGAACCUGCGGCGCGACCGAAGAGUUGGCAUCCGCAGACUGAGCUGGAUCUUACACAUGACCCGGCUUUGAACCAGAUCGCGAAUGGUGUUGCGCGUAGGAGCUUCGACUUGAAGGAUCUCCAAGACGAUUCUAUGGAGCUGAAGAUCCCCACUGGCAGUGGCCGAACACUACGAGAAAAGUUCCACGACGACGCGCUUCCCAGGGUCACUCAAUCAGAUCUUGGUGCAAGGCCGGCCUCAACUCUCGUCGAGCGACCGAAUCUCGUGCCGCCUAGGUGGCAGCCGUUUGUUCCUCGAUCGCCGCGAAACAGGGCCUACCUCGGCGAAGAAAUCACGAAAAACAUUCAGAACGGAGGGGCUACCUCGGUAGCUACGAAACCCAAGGAAAUCGAAGCACCAGAUCUACCGUCCCUUGCUAAGACGAUUGCUCGAUCAGGCCGGAGCCGAUCAGCGGACAAGGGCGAGGCCAAGGUUGAUCUUCUACAGGAUCGCUUUGCGCGCCUCGGAGGACCAGAUGCGAACGAUAGUGUGUUUGCAGGAAACCCACCCAAGAGCACGCUCCCGCCAGAGCGCAGGGCCGCUGCCAUUGCGCGGAUUGAGCAGAGGAUGGCGGAGAAGAAGCGAGCACAGAAGCAGAAGGGUCAGGAUAAGGAGAACGUGCGACCAUCAAGAGGACGCGCUUUACUGGGAUGAAGAUUUUACGGAGUGAGGUGUCGAAUGGAAACGAGGAGAACGGGGAUAAUUUGUAUUUCUAACGGCCGUUCAGGUUGGAUUUGAUUGUCUGGCAUUGACAUGGUGUUGGGUCUCCUUUUUAGCA